AUGGUAGGUCCUGAGCUAGGCCUGUCGCUCGACGAUCUGAACAAGACGUACAAGACACCUGCUGGUGACAGAGGCAGCUUCUGUGGCAGUGAUCGAUCUGGACCCAGCCCCGCUCGCCGCUUUCCUAUCCGUGGUGCUAAUCGAACUCCAACCUACCUCAUCGCUACGAUUCGGCGACGAAAUGUUCGGUGCAGAUCAAACCAAGGCGUAUCCGGCACAGAGGGCGGUGGUCGAGCCUCGUCUAUUAAUACUGGAGCGUAG